UGGGCCAGAUUUCCGGCCCAAUCUGGCAACACUGGUAUAUAUUGGUUGCUAUGGAGACGGCAUGACAACAGAAUACAGAACCGGUGCGCGCUUGCCGUCCGCCGGUGAACAGCAGAAAUGUCUUCUCUGAAUAGAAAACUAAUACAGAAUCUUGCAGAAACGAUAUCCAAACAAGUGAAGCACUUCAAUAAAACCGAAGUAGAGUGCCUGAUUCGGCUCUUCAACGGACUGAUGGGGGACGUGGCGGCGUCAGGACGGGCUGUGCACGGCUUGGACAGAGGGAGGUUCAGGAGCAUCCUGCACAACACCUUCGGGAUGACUGAUGACAUGCUAAUGGAUGGAGUUUUUCGGGCGUUUGAUAAGGACAACGACAGCUUCGUCAGUGUCAGAGAGUGGACUGAGGGACUGUCUGUUUUCCUUCGUGGGACCUUGGCCGAAAAAAUCAAAUACUGCUUUGACGUGUAUGACUUGAAUGGCGAUGGCUUCAUCUCCCGGGAGGAGAUGUUUCACAUGUUGAAGAACAGUCUGAUCAGGCAGCUGACGGAGGAAGACCCCGACGAGGGCAUCAAAGACCUGGUGGAGAUCACGGUCAAGAAGAUGACUUUGAGAAGGCAGUCAAAGAAGAGAACCUGCUACUUGAAGCCUUCGGAACGUGUCUCCCUGACGCCAAGAGUAUACUGGUGUUUGAGCAGCAAGCUUUCCAAGAUCCGUCGGAACGUUGAAGAAUUAGUAUGGAAUGUGAAUUUCUUUUGUUUUAAUAAAAAUAUAUUCAAAAAAUGUGUUCAUAUUUCUCUAACAGAAAGUGUAAAAAUAAAUGUAUAAAUAGU